GCGCUUGAAAUUUUGCCACAUGCACCGUUUUAAAACAUCUCCACCGAGGAGAAUGAGAUCUUAUUGAAGAAACUUGAGUGGGAUUGAUUGAACGGUAUCUAGAUGGUCGGUAGAUUCAAUAAAACUCGUGGUGUAUAGUCAUCCUACGAUUUUGCUGCCUCACAACCGCGCUGUAAUUGGAGGAAUUUCGGUAAGCAGGGAGCGCGACUUACGGCUUAUCUUGAAAUGAAAGCGAAACGAGGAGGGCUAGAUUACGGGCGGCUGAAAGGAUCAUGAGAGGUCCGGAAAUGCUCUGACUAUAGCUGUCGAAUGUGGGAAAUCACGGUUCAGUAGCACGUGAACCUUGUGAAUUAAUUCCGAACCACAUUACAGCCGAGCACAUAAGCGCGCGCCUUCCGUGCCUUAAUUGAAAUACAUGACCUUCUCGACUUUCUUUUUUCAACUUCUACCGAGUACUAACUACGCGUCCCCGGAGCGCGUGAUAUUUGAGGAAAUGAAAAUUUUACCUCUGUCCGAAAGCUUGGUAGCGCCGUGUGAGUGUAGGUGAUGGAAAAUGGAGCACACCGAUGUACGGCCAGUCAUUUGAUUUGUAGUCUAUUUUCAUGCACCCGUCGAGUAGCGAGUCUAACGAUAUUUACCCUUCAUCUGUAUGCAAACAGGGUAACGCUACGCUGUUUACGCCUGCCUGAGGAUAGCCAGGAUCCUUUUACCUUCGCCUCGUACUCCAACGGUGACGUAAUGCUCGCGCUUGUGAUUUUUCUGUAAUCAUCAAUUCACGUCGCGUUCGUGCCUAUAUGUUGUUCGGCUGGAGAUAAGGCCAGUCACAAUGUUUUGGAACGGGGCAUGGGAAUUGACGCAGUGACCAGGUGGUGUCGCAGGCUAUUACCUACACCUGUCAUUAGCAGAUAUAUUGGAUUGACGGAAUCUUUUUUCGCUGAAACAAACCUGAUUAGCGGAUUACAAAAUCUAAUCCACGUAUUUUUGGGAUGAAAUUCACAAGUUCAAAAUGAAGCCAAGGAAUCCGGAGAACUGUUAUCUUGGUGUAUGGCUUCGAAAUUCGACUUUAAAUUCCUGAACUUGAACAGGAACUUGAUCGGCUUUGGUACCAAAAUACCUGCAGACGUAUUAUGCCAGUUUUUAAGGUUCAUUCGCAACGAGGACCACCAACUGCAACGCAGUUUAUCGGAAAUCCAUAUCACAGAGUUAAAUAUGCAAUAUAUACCACGGUCGUACUCUCUUUAUGUUGUAAAUUAUUGCGUACAUACGUAGGAUGGUAUAUACGUGCAGAAAUGAAGGGCUGACAUUUCCGUUCGUCGGAAAUAUUCUACUCAUUUCUUUGCUCCGUAAAAUCUGACACCUUGACACUAUGACUUGUAGAUUUGGAAUAAGGUGAAAGGUUCCUCGUUCCGCGAUUUGGAUGACUAAAUGUAAAUAUAAGAUCUGCACCGUCAUGGAAGCAUAUCAAUUGUUUUAUUAUCUAAAAAAAUCAACUCAAUUAGCAAAUACGACAAUUUUUUGAUGCGAAUAAUAUCGUUUCAUCUCUUCCCUUUUGGUACUCUGAAAGUUAGGUAUUAACAUUCGAUUUCUGUCUCACUUACUUUACCAAACAUUUGCCCCCCGGCGCUAUAAAUGCGUUACUCUGUCCGGAUCUGUAGUCAGACAUGUGUCAUCCUGACGACAGUGGAAACAAAUCGUGAUAUAAGGAAGAAAUUCACACUCCGAGUUCUCAAGAUCACUACAGAAUCGAUUCAAAUUCCAUUUCUGAUAUGUGAAUGCUUGUCAAUAUAUGGCGAUGAAAAUUUCGACUGAGCGUUACUUCGAUCGCGUUACAUCGAUGGGUCACCGAACAGUUUGAAAAUAAAUUGACUCUAAGAUGCGUGAUGUGGAGAAAAGGAAUGGUAGCAAUGAAAUUUCAGAGAGGCUUAAAUUUUCACAAGUGAGUGCAACGAAUUGUGUCCUGCAACCAUGAGACACGAGAACGGUUAAGGUAGAGGUACAGAAAUUGUACCUGCAUGAUGAAGACCAGAAAGAUGAAGAUGAAGAUGAAGGACGGAAGAAGAUAAGGGAGGAUGAGCGGAUUCUUCAACUCCCUGAAAAGCCUCGCGUCAGGAGCUGCGAAUGCCGCUAGUGCUGCAAGCAAAGGUGAAGACACGAAGAUGAGGUUCAGUGUGGCACCCCAACCGGGGGAAAGUGGGUUCACCCAAUGGCUAGACGCGAUGAAGAUGGUGGCUCGACUCCCUGGUGGUAUUCCGCCGGAAUUCAGAAAGAGAUUGUGGCUGACGCUUUCUGAACGACAUCUUCAACAGCGUGGAGUUGAUUGGCGACAGGCGGAAAAGCUCUGCUUCAACGAGUGGAGCAAUCCAGACGAUGAGGAGCUCGGUAUACAGAUCGUCAAGGACCUUCAUAGGACAGGCUGCAGUCUGUUCUGUGGCGCAGCAGGACGCGACAAUCAGGCAGUGCUUCGACGAGUCCUUCUUGGAUUCGCACGCUGGAAUAAGUCAGUUGGAUACUGCCAGGGACUGAAUGUACUGGCUGCUCUGGUACUCCAGGUCAUGGACCGUGCGGAGGCGGCUUCGGUCAAGGUCAUGAUUUAUCUGAUCGAAGGUGUUCUACCGGAGGGUUACUUUGCAGAUAACCUUCGAGGACUCUCCGUAGAUAUGGCUGUUUUUCGUGACCUUCUUCGUAUGCGGUUGCCGAAGCUCUCCCGUCAUCUAGAAACAUUGCAGAGUGACGCCAAGGAUAAAGCGACUGGAAGCAGCUACGAGCCACCCUUAACCAAUGUCUUCACGAUGCAGUGGUUCCUCACCCUCUUCUGUCAUUGCUUACCCCAGGAGGCCGUGCUUCGAGUCUGGGAUCUUAUCUUCCUGGAGGGUGACGAAGUCUUGCUGCGAACCGCUCUCGCCAUCUGGGAAGGACUAGCCGAUCGGAUAAUGACCGUAACUUCAGCCGAUGAAUUCUACAGCAUAAUGGGGGUGCUGACAAGAGAGAUGCUGGAAUUCACCGACACUAACAAUCUCAUAAAGGCGAUCGUGAGUACGGGGCCGCUGAUUGGAGUUACCGCCCUUCGUGAGAAGCAUCGGUACAACAUCACGCCCUGGGCCCGACGACUUAGCGACGACGACGAAACCGAGACCGAAGAGGACGAACGGCUCGCCGUCGCUGCCGCCAUGUUUGGGAUGUCGCACAGAAGCAGAAGAGUUUCAGAACGUGAAACUUCAUCGUCAAGCUCACUGCAGACGGUCGCCGCUAGUAACGAUCGCGACAGACUUGCAUUGGACAUCAGCACGCUGAAGCAGCAGUACGCGAAGCUGAGGGAACGGCAACGCCAAGCUCACAUAAUACUCUCCGCUGCGUGCGCGAGACAGUCUCUCGUCCCUUCGGCCACUUCUCAGGCAAUGAACCAUUUGUUGGUCGGAAAAAGUGCCUUGGUUAGCGGCAAAGCCCGACAGCUAGGUCCUCUCCAUGGUGCCGGGUCACCCAGGGCGAGACUCGGUCCUCCUCACAGUCCUAAGAAUCCGAAUCGAAAGGACCGGCAAGGCGUCACUCUUCACUGGAAGGACACAAAGAGGCGAAAGGAAAACAAGGACGACACUCCAGGUGAAGGACCGUCUUGUGGCAACGACGCUGAAUCCACAGGCGAGGGGAUGUCGGUCGUCACAUCAACAUCCCCGCGACUUUCUGCUGGCGCAAAUGCCGACAGUGACAGCGACAGCACGUCGACGGAACUUUGCGACGAACCAGAUCGUCUCAGCGACGUCGACAGCGAGGAACUCACCUCUAAUUCCGAUUGCUACGUCAUGGCGACCGACGACGAGAAGAGUCCUCGCAGGGAAGGAACCGACAAUAAGACAUCACCCAGCCAUCACGAUUCCGCGUACGGUCAGCAAAAAGGAGCGCAGAGCUUGAAGCUACCCUCAAACCUCGAGGAGACUUCGAUCUCUGAGAUAACCGACCAGAUCCGCAGACUGUCGACGGAUAAUGAGAGACUGGGACGUUACAACCUGGCUGACGAAGCGCCAGAUCAGGUUGAACGAGAAUCGUUGGACUCCGUGAAAACCGAUGAUGUGCCAGUGUUUGCCACGGACGUCGACUCGAUCAAUAGUUCGUCGGUUGAGCGAGUGGAAAGGCCAUCCGAAACGUUAGGUAGUUUUGAUUUUUCAAGCACCAUUGGCGGUGGUCCAAAUGCUGGUGAGAGUAGCUCAGUAUCUGUCGAAAAUGAAACUGAAGUUCAGAUACUUGACGAAUAUCAGUUUACUGAUCAUAGUUUAUUUCCAUUGAAAGUGCUUUCUAGUUCUCACCUGGAGUCAUCGGACGAUCCUGAAGUGUUGGAAUUCGAUAAAAAGGUAGCUGCAGAUACUAGUGCGCGAAUAGAUAGGCCCGAUAUGGGAAAGCGCUACGAUUUCGCUCCUGAGCUUAAAUAUUCGAAUUUUGACGACGAUAAUCUAGUUGCCGUAGAUUCGGAGGCUAGACAUUCCGAAACUGAGCCAGAUUUUGGUAAGGGUGCUUCGACCGUUCAGCUUGCUUCCUCGCCGGGGAUGAUUGGCGAUAAUUUGAACAAAGUAGUUGCCGAUUCAAAGCCUUACUCCAGAUCCUACGUAAUAGGACACGUUCCAAUAUCUCCGAUAAACUUAGAACAGAAGCUUAAUUACUUGGCCGAAUAUUCAUCCUCGACGGCUGCCAUCAAGGUUGUCGAAAGAGAGACGCAAGAGUUUCCAAUGAAGAUACACGAACCGCAGAACAAGUCCAACGGAGUCUUUGUAAAUAUUAGUAGCGUAGAUUUCACCAGAAAUAAUGACUUGGUUCGAAUCAAACCGGCAACGAGUCCAGCUGCGGUUGUUGGUGUUCGCCUAGAGCUGAGCCAAAGCCCCAAGACACCGGGCAGUGACAAAUCGUGCAGCUCUGGGGAAACCAUGGGUCCAGAUUCGAAAACCUUUAGCUUAACGACCAGUCCUCGAACUCCAGUGAGCUUCGAUUCGCGUGAUUUUCACGCGGAGAAGUCAGCCGCCUCUUCUGUGAGCUCGGAGUCAAAAACCCUGACCCUUCGUUCCAUCGGUUCCGAUGAUCAGGAUGUUCAGCUGAAAGCAGCGAUGCGAAUUACAUCCUUAGCCAAAUCAAGUUCACCGUCCCUGAUCAGCUUUGACUCUUUGAAAGGCAAAUCGAGCCUGAGUCCGAAGUUGGAGGCGAGUAGCUCCAGCGACUCGUGCAGCCCGGAUCGAAAAAAGUCUUCCGAAAGAUCGUUUAGCUCCGAUCUUCAAUCGCCGAUCAGUGCCAAUUCAAUAAAAUUUACUUCAAAUUGCAAAGGGGGUCGUGGCACCUACUCCGACUCUCCGAUCAAUCUUUGCUCCGCGACUUCCCCGUUUUACCCAAUCGCACGCCCAAAUGAAAAGACACCCUCACCGUACAGCACUGCGAAGCAAAAGAACAGCACCACUGAUAGUGAGGAGACUUCACCCGAGCAAAAGUCCACGAGUUCAAAAGGAUCUGGAAAAUUAAUAGCUUCCGAAUCGAGGAAAGAUCGUGUCAUUAGAAGCGAAGAGGGAAUGGACUUCACCGGCAGUUCAAAGGAUGACUUUCGCCAUAAUCUGGGAAAAGACAGAUCGCAGAAAACCGAUAUCGAAUCGUCGCUGGCGGACGAUAAAUGCAAAAUGGAAGAAACAGACACAACGCGUUUCUAUGGGAUAAACUACUCACAAAGUUAUCGGACUGAGUCGCAGCUGGAAGAGAAUGAGUCGAGGGAUCAAUAUGCGGAUAAGGAUACCGUGUCCCCUUUGCCGCGAGAAAAAUUUGAAAAACUUGCAAUUUUCUACGACAAAAGUAGUAGAAGUUUAUUGGAGAGAAACAAAGACAGGACGAACGAGUACGAAGUUGGUCAAGAUUACUCGAAGCCUUUUGAGCGCAGCUCUAGCAGCUUAGACAAAAGAUUUACGGAUUCGAAACUUUCCUCUUCGUCUGAUGAGUUCGGAAGGAACAGUCUGAAGAAACGGUCGAGCGAUAUUUUGGAGGACUUGAGGCAUCUCGAGAUUAAAAGUACCGGUGAUGGGGGAUCGGAGAACGGACUCACCAAAAAGGCGAGCGAUAUUCUACAGGAUUUGAAGAGCCUAGAGGCCAGAAGGCAAGACACCUUUAGCGAUUCGGCUAACGGAUUUUCUAAGGUCCGGUUGAUUGACCUUGAGAUGAAUAUACCGAGCGUUUCUAGGAAGCAGUACGUGAUCGAACCGAAAAUUCAAAUUCAGGAAGACAGCGAUAGCUUUUUAAACACUCUCGCGCGGGUUUCGGAGAAUACGAAAACCGAUGAUGAUAAGGAGCCGAAGCUGGGCGUCUGGACGAAAGUUAAGCCGCGUAAGAAAAGUGAUAACGGUCGAAGAAGCAGCGACAGAGCGCUGAAAAUCAUUCAGGAGAACUCGGCGAUUCUGCAUAGAAUUCUUACCUGUCAGGCGAAAAAGCGACUGCCUGAUUUGGAGGAAAUAUCGAAAGAGAUAACUAUCAGCCCCAUCAACGAGGAGAUUUCAAAAAUAUUUAGUCCAAUUCUUGAGAAAAUCGGCCUCAACGAACACGAAAUUAACGAGGAAUUGGCCAGAAUUAAUUUCAAAGACUUGGACCAGCUAUCGAUGACCAGUGGUUCCGAAUUCGAUGCCAAGAUCAACGACGAGCUCUCAAAACUUUCGCUGAUCGAUGAUACCGAAGAGAUCGACAAUUUGGAUCUGGACGAAGCUUUGUCCAGAGAUUAUCUGGACACGAGAGAGGCUCUGAUCGACAGGCAGAUAAACGAGGAACUUUCGAAGCUGCUAGCAAACUACGAAGAACGGCCUUCAUCCUCGGCGGGUCUUCCGCGUCAGGAACAAGGCUCUUCUAGCCAAAACAUCAGCGAGAUGGAGGGACUAGACCUCUCGAGUAUCUCGACGAACGUCUUCUCUCACAAGUCGUCGAACGACUCGAUCGACACUAAGAGCGAACUCGGCUCGAUCCAAGAGGGAGUAAUAAAGCUGGAGAAAUCCUACGAUUAUAACGACAAGCCGAUUCCAUAUCCACCGCCGAAAUACAACCUUCAGGACCUAUCGCCUAAAAGUGACAUCGACAUUUACCGGGAGUUGGAGAAACUCGACAAGAUAUCAGCUGGGGAAAUAUACCCGAGUGUGCAACCGGUGUCAUCAGCGCCCGAGGAGAUUUCCACCAACCCUUACGCUCCCGAUCACGCGCUGACAUACGGGGAGAGAAUGUCGCCAAUCUUGAGUUACACCUCGAAGGCAGAGAAAUCCUUCGACUUGUCGCCAUUGAGGAGUCCCUACGACAGCUACAAGCCGUACGACUUCAAGUCGAGAAUUUCGCCGAGAAAAACGCCGGGCAAUCCGUACUCCGUUCGAUCAUACGAGAAGCCAUCGAUGGACUCGAGUUUUGAAUUGAGCGAUCACAAGUCCGUCGCCUCAUCGCACAUCUACGAUAUCUCACCGAAGAGGGCUGUCAUUUCAAAGGAAACGCUCGAAUUUCGGGUGAGAUACGACGACGAGCCACCGCCGAAGAUUCGGAGCGAUGAUUUCACCCUGCGAUCUUUUCAAACGGAUAUAGCUAACCUCGACAAAGGCGCUGCCUACUACGAAACAAACACGGCUGACCCCGUAAAGUAUCUACCGCGAGACGAAAGAGGCUCUUCCGAGAAGGAUAUUGGCGAGUCAACGGUCGACUACGCGUACAACAAGUCCGACCUUUGCCACAGGAAAUACCAGGACGUUUCCUCUCAGGAAUACUCCUACCAUAAAACGUCGGAUUACAACAGAUCAAGUUCCUACACUUUGCCGUCUUCGAUCCGCGAAGACGAAAUUGGCACUCAUUUGACCGUUCACAGACGCGAGUCGCAUUCCCUGUCACCGAGCCACCAGUUUUCGACACGGAAACUACCCGUUCCGGUCAACCCUUACCUCUCGAAGCUUUCCCCCAGUCUAGAAGACGUCACGAAACGACCGGUUUCCCACCCGGAGUUCCUCGACAAAAUGAACGUUGCCAAGUACGCGGAUCAUUCGAGCCAAGGGUCGAAUAACUACCGGAAAUCUUCUCUGAGCUUGGGAAACAUCGGGCAUGCUAGCAGAGGCGCCACUCAUAGUCUGGAGAAGACGCCGAGCCCAAAGAUCCAAUUCAGCCCGUUUCCGGUCAGAAACACCGCUAGAAAACCAAGGGAGUUAGGGCUCAAGCUCGGCCUGUACUCGCCAGUCAGUCCUGAGGGUGGGCAGGUGAAACGAUCGCACUGAUUUUGAGCCCAUGGCCGAUUUUAUUGAUUUUGAUACUUACUUUUUAACACUGUAUUAAUCGUUAUUCGAAAAUGUUUCCUUCCAUUUGCGCUACAUAGACGAUAACUACGUGCUGCUGCAAACUAUAGUUUAGCCGAGAAGAAAAAUAAAUAAACAAAUAAUAGAGAAUGAUUGAAAAGUCAUUCAACCAGCUAUUUUAAACAGACGUCAUAUAUAACGAAUCAUCGUUCGAAUCUUGUUAUGGUUAACAAAGUGAGCCUAAGAUUUACUUUUCAAAAAGUACAACUGCAGCUUUGUUAUGGACAUUCAUCUCGCUCGUAGAAAGAUUAUUUUUGCAUACGCGUUUGAUUGAUAAGUUCGGAAUGUACUUGAAUGUAUAAGUUACAAUGGUCCAUAUUAAGAAUCAACGGGACUAUAAGUAUGCAUCCCGAUUUACGGUUCGAUGAUUUGAAAGUGAUUAGAUAAUAAUGAAAUGUGUAAAAAUGUAAGUAAAUAAAAAUCAGGGAUGGAUGAGAAUAUUUUUUCUUUCCUUCAUGUAAUACGCUAAGCCAACUAUAUUUACGUAAUUAUAUUGAUUUGCACAUUGAAUAUUACACACGUAACGUUCUAAUGAAGUUAGGUAAGACUUAUGUAUCUGAUAGAAACAUCGUGUUUUAUACGUUUCCUAGUAAUUUGAAACCUAUUGUACCGUGUCAUUCUAGACAACAACUUUUUUUGGCGGGAAUAAUAUUUGCCAAUAACAUUUUUUGAUAAUAUGAUAUUUGUAUCGAUACUCUCCUUGUGUCAUCGUCAAAUUUUUGUUCUAUUUAUCAAAAGUUUCAGAGGUUCACUUUGUUAUGGUUGGUUAAGAGAAAACAUUAUUGACAAUAUACAUUUUAGUGUAUCUAAUAAUGAAUUUUCCCACUGAAAUACGAUACAAUACCUACCUUAUACUUGUAAAAUCAUUGGGUGAUUAAUCAUGGUGGUGAGAGGUUCGAUAAAACAGAAUGUUACGGGAGUAGCAUGAUGAAAAUGAGUAUUUCCAGUCCUAAAUAACAGAUAAUGUAGAGAAUAUCGAAAAGCGGAUAAGUCCUAUAAGGAUAAUGAGUUAUGAGAAAUAAGACACGUUUUUAAGUGAAUACGUGAAAUUGCUGUGCGAUGCUCUAGCUUCGUAAGGUUAUACUGUAAAUAGAAUUGUAAUGGUCUCGGCUGAUAAAAGACUGUAUAUUAGAAAGGCAUAAUAUUAUAAGAAAAUUAUAAAGAACAGUACACUGAAUAAAAAUAUUGAAUAAACAUUUA